CCUACUAGGCAACCACCGAACGCCACCGCUCGAGGCACAGCAAUGCCGAGCGCGGGGAGGCGGCUGCCGCCGUGGACGUCGCCGAGGGGCGCGGCGGAGAGGUGGAGCCCCGGCACCCCCGCCGGCUUCGCCGGCCCCAGGAGCCACAUCACCCCGCCCCUGAGCGCCGGCUGCUGCUCCUACCGCGUCACCCCGCCGGCGAGCGGCGGCGGGUGCUCCCGGCCGCCGAGGGCGCCGCCGGCGCUGGAUUCCCCGUACGUGAGGGCGAAGCAGGCGCAGUUAAUUGAAAAAGAUCCAAACAAGGCAGUUUCAUUGUUCUGGGCAGCUAUUAAUAGUGGUGAACGAACUGAGAGUGCACUGAAGGAUAUGGCUACUGUACUGAAACAAGCAAAUAGGGCUGAAGAAGCCAUUGAAGCGAUAAGAUCCUUCCGUGACCGUUGUCCCAAUGAAGCCCAGGAGUCUCUUGACAAUAUUCUUCUUGACUUGUACAAGAAAUGCGGUAGGACAAAAGAGCAGAUUGAAAUGCUGACAGUGAAGCUGAGAAUGAUUGAUGAGGAUCUAGCUUCUGGCCGGUGGAAAACUAAGCUUUCUAAAACUCAUGGAAGAGUAUUCUAUCUCUCUCUCAGGGAUGAAAAGGCAAGGUUGCUGGGUAACCUCGCCUGGGCCUAUAUGCAGUCUGAAAACUAUGAGGAAGCUGAAAUGCUAUACAGGCAAGCUCUUGCUAUAGAAACUGAUUAUAACAAAGAGUGCAAUCUAGCCAUCUGCAUGAUGAAGAUGGGAAAGGUAGCUGAAGCUAAAUACCUUCUCCAAGCUAUACCUUACAACUGCAAUGAUGAAAACCACGUGAGAUCUUUUGCCCGGGCUACUGAAGUGCUUAGGGAACUCGAGUCACAGGCACUCCCUUCUCCCAUAACUCAGAUGAAGUCUAAAGAUUCACGGAUUUUGCUUGCUACUGAUGUGGGGAACCUUGAAUAUCUACAUCCACUAAUAUUCUCUGCUUCAACUCAAUUGAAUUAUGAAGAACCGCAAGCUUCAGUUUCGGCGGAUACAGAGAAUCAUCAAGAUUGCAACUCACACGCGCUUCCAUCUCCGAUAACUCAGAUGAAGCGUAAAGAACCACAGCUUAUGGUUGCUACUGAUGGAGAGAAGAAUGGACAAAGUCUGGAGGAGUACCAUGAUCUUUCUAGACUGUUCAAUGAUGCUGCCACACCACAGUCUCUACUUGAGAAACUACGAAAGCGGCUGGUCAAAAAGGACAGACCCAAUAUCAGCGGGCAGAAUCAAGCUCAGACUCCUAGCCCGGCUGAAUGCUUGCAAAACUCUGUUGGCGCCAUAAUAGAUGCUAGUGAGAAUCCUAUGCAAGAGGGGAAGGGCUUGGUUGGUGGUGGUAGAAAAACGUGGGCCGACAUGGUGGAGGAGGAUGAACAGAAGCAGCUGGCCGAUGGCAAGAACACCACCGCCCCGCAAGGUAAAAGCAGCAAGCAUGCGAGUGAGCAGAGGGACAAAACACCAUCCUCAUCAUCUCAAGGAAGCAGCAGCCUCAAAACCCCAGCCGCGGGUAUUCGGCCACAGAGCUCAUCAGUGGGUUCAUGGAGACGCAAUGACUCGGCCGGAAUCUCAACAGACGAGAAUGCGAACCGGAGUUUCGUCAGGACAGCUCCAGCAUGGAAGCAGCGGAAGGUUCAAGAUCGCGGCGACCGAGUCUGCCAAAGGCUUAACACGACCCAUCUCAGUGAGAAAGCUCGAGGCGCCGAUCAGACACCAAGCUCAGUGAGAAGCAGUGCAGCUCAGCGUUCGCUUUUCCAUGGGCAGGUACCAUUUGGUGUUGAUGGACGCUCUCAGGGUGCCAGUCACAGCCGUUGGCCUGAGAACCCGUCGAGCACAGGACCGUGGAGGCCACCGUACCGCCGGCGGGCCUUCCAGGAAAUCACAAACGAGAUGAAGCAAAAUGUUGCAUAGCAGGAUCUUUAUUCUUCACCCACUGUUGAUGGAAGUUGUCACUAGUGAUUAUUUGGUGUUUCCCAUGAGAGAUGAGAAGAGGCAUUAAUUAGCAUUGGAGUGUCAACGGCGCUCAAAGAGAAUUAACUACAACAGUCAGGCAGAGCCAAGGAACUCGCUGAAAAACUGUCGAUGACAGUCCGUCCAUAUUCCUAGCAAGUCCAUGAAUCAAACUCUUCUGAGAUCCAAGUAGAUGUUUUUUUAGCUGUAUAUUUUUCAUUCGGGACCUCACAAGGCACAAGUAACCUGUAAAAGAGGGUUACUGCAUGGUUCAUUUGCUGCACAUGUGGUUUCUUUCUGCUGCAUGGCUAGACAUUUCCUGCAAGAUCUGAGCUGUUUGCAAUGGUGGCAAAUGCAUGCAGUUCACUGACUGAGUUAGAAUCGACGUUUGCUGGUACAGCACACGCUGGUAUUAUUAUAAAAAAAUAUUAGAUGCAUAGUUGUAUGAUUUUAUAUAUACAUAAUCCAAUGGACGCAUUCACAA